CUUGCAGCUCGUCAAAUUGCAGAUACUUGUCAGUUGUCGUGCUAUUCGUGUUGUGAUUUUCCGCUGGCGGUUUGUUUAUUGUUUUAAAGUGUUUGUAAACAAAUAUUCUUAGCAAAAGCAAAAGCCUAUUGAGGAUAGUUGAUUCAAAAAUGCAAGACUUUUGUGAUAACUUGGAGGAGUUGGAGGACGACACAUUUGACGAGGAGAAGUCAACGCGUACUUCAGAUGAGAAUCGCAAGCAAAAUCACAGUGAGAUUGAGAAACGGCGACGCGAUAAGAUGAACACAUAUAUCAAUGAGCUUUCCUCGAUGAUUCCCAUGUGUUACGCCAUGCAGAGAAAGCUGGAUAAGUUGACUGUUUUGAGGAUGGCUGUGCAGCAUUUACGUGGCAUUCGGGGCAGCCUCCAUCCCUAUAAUGGGGGCGAUUAUAGGCCAAGUUUCCUGUCCGAUCAGGAACUAAAGAUGAUCAUUUUGCAGGCCUCGGAGGGUUUCCUCUUCGUUGUGGGUUGUGAUCGUGGACGCAUUCUAUAUGUUUCCGACUCUGUAUCGAGUGUUUUGAAUUGUACGCAGUCCGAUCUGCUGGGCCAGAGUUGGUUCGAUGUCCUGCAUCCCAAGGAUAUAGGCAAGGUGAAGGAGCAGCUAUCCUCCUUGGAACAGUGUCCACGCGAGCGACUCAUCGAUGCCAAAACCAUGUUGCCGGUCAAGACGGAUGUGCCACAGAGUCUGUGUCGUCUUUGUCCGGGUGCAAGACGCUCCUUCUUCUGUCGAAUGAAACUGCGUGCGGCCAAUAAUCAAAUUAAGGAGGAAUCGGACACAUCUUCCAGCUCACGUAGCUCCACCAAGCGCAAAUCCAAGCUGAGCAUGGAACACAAGUAUCAGGUGAUACAGUGCACGGGUUAUCUGAAAUCAUGGACGCCCAUCAAGGACGAGGAUCAGGACGGUGACAGCGAUGAUCAAACAACGAAUCUCUCCUGCCUCGUGGCCAUUGGUCGUACACCAACCAGUGUGCUAAACUCCAGUGUGCCCUCCUCCUUGGAUAAUCUACCCAACAUAAGGCAUGUGCUCUUCAUAUCUCGUCACUCGGCGGAGGGCAAGUUCCUAUUUAUUGAUCAACGUGCCACGCUGGUGAUUGGUUUUUUGCCUCAGGAAAUACUGGGCACCAGUUUUUAUGAAUAUUUUCACAACGAGGACAUCUCUGCACUGGUCGAGUCUCACAAAUCGGUAAUGCAGAUCCAGGAAAAGGUCACCACACAGAUAUAUCGCUUUCGGUGCAAGGACAAUAGCUACGUGCAGCUCCAGAGUGAAUGGCGUGCCUUCAAGAAUCCCUGGACAAAUGAAAUUGACUACAUAAUUGCUAAGAAUUCGGUAUUCCUUUAGAGAGACAAAUUAAAUCAAUUGAUUUCAAGGA